AUGGAGACCCAAACUCAAAAGCUGGUGGACAAGGUCCUCAAGAAACUCCAGGAUCUGCCCUCAGAUAAGCGCCUCCCAGGUAUUCCAGGCUCAGGAAAGACAACUCUGGCCAGUGUCGUCGAAAAGUCCGUCAACGAGGCCCUGGACGAUCCUCGAAUCGCCCAGGCCAUUUCUAUGGACGGUUACCAUCUGACGCGGAAGCAACUCUCCGCUAUGCCAAAUGCCGAGGAGGCGCACGCGCGUCGGGGCGCGGCGUUCACGUUCGACGCGGAUGCCUACUUGGAUCUAGUGAUUGAUCUCAGAAACCCCCCUACUAAGGCGAUUGUAGCUCCGACAUUCGAUCACAGACGGAAAGACCCCAUUCCGGGAGACAUCUAUAUCGGUAGGGAGAACCGAGUGAUCAUUGUGGAGGGUAAUUACGUUGCGUUGAACGAACCCUUGUGGAAGGACGCAAAGGCUCUGUUUGACGAGGUGUGGUUUGUCGAGGUCGACUUUGAAGUAGCGAGGCGACGGCUGAGAGAACGGCACGUACGCGCCGGCAUUGUGUCCACCCUGGAAGAAGGCGAUAAGAGGGCGUUGGAGAAUGAUCUUGUCAACGGCCAAGAGAUCCUGGACAAGAGGUUGCCUGUCGACGAGGUCAUACAGAGCAACGAAGAUGGGCAAUGGGUACAUGAAUAG